AUGUCUACAAUCCAAUGCACUUUAUUCUCUGGUGCUACCAAUGAUAUCGUUUUGUUAAAACCGGAGUUAAACGCAAGAUCCGUUCCUACUUUGACAGCCCCUCUCAAGGCUGGCGAUGCUGUUGUAUUUAGAGAUCACAGAAAAGUCAAGGCAGAAGACAUUAUUGGGCAACCAUAUAGAUCAGUUGUAGCUGGUGGGAGAAGAGCUCUAUUUCGAAUUUAUGAACCGACACUUGGUCAAUAUUGUGAUAAUUCUCCAAGGGUAGUCACACCCAUUUACUCUGCAGAUGCAAAUUUGAUUGUUUCUUUGUUGGACCUCAAUUUCAGAGCAGUACCAUCUGCUGAAUCUGCAAUCACUGAAGAGAAAGAAAGAUUAUCUCCUUCCAGACCGCUUGGAAGCGAAGAAUCUGCUGUUUCAGAAGAUGGAGAGAAUCAAGAGUCGGUGGAAGGUGACCUCUUGAAGUCCACAGAACCCCCCAACAAAGACAACAUCUAUGAACCUCUCGAGGAAAUUAUUGACAGUGAAAUUGUAGAGGGUUGGGAUACCGUGCAAUAUGAUACUGGAAACUUAGAAAUUUUUGAGGCUGGUACUGGUCACGGUUCAUUGACAUUACAUCUUGCACGAGCAAUUCAUGGUGCGAACACAAGAGCUCCAGCAAUCCCAAAACUUCCCAAAACCAAGGGAAAGGUUGACGCAGAUGAUGAUAUCUACAGGCAUGGCGGUAGAUCUAGCGGGAGAAACGUGAAAACGAUGGAGCUAUAUGAAGAAUGGCGUUCUCGGCGACGAGCUGUGAUUCAUACCCUAGAUUCGGACGAGCACCACUCGAGACAUGCGCAAAAGACUGUCAGAAAUUACCGCCACGGAGCAUAUUUCCCACACGUCGAUUUUCAUAUUGGCAGUAUUCACACUUACCUCUCAAAGCGAUUGGCAGAGACCAAGGAUGUGUUCCUCGAUCAUGCCAUCUUAGAUAUACCGGCUACUCAGGACGAAAUGGAAAUUCUCGGAAAAUGUAUCAAACCCGAUGGGCGUUUGAUUACAUGGUGUCCUAGUAUCACACAACAUAUGAAGUGUCUGGAAACAGUGAAAGGGAAGAAGUUGCCUUUUGUUUUGGACAAGAUACUAGAGGUGGGAUCGCAACUUAGCACUGGAGGCCGAGAAUGGGAAGUGAGACAAGUGAAGCCACGAGCACUAAUCAAAGCCGAAAAAAAGAAAAUGGGGGAAAAAUUAGCGCAAGCUGACAAAGACGACGCAAACUUUGCUGUUGACGCAUUUCUUUCUCAAAUGUCGGACAAGAAGCCUGAAACAUCUGCCACCAGUGAGUAUAGUUUCGAAUUGAGUGAAGAUGGGGAAAAUUCAGGGUCGAAAAGUGAUGCUGCUCAGGCAGGCACAUUGGAAGCGGACGAUCUCACCGAUACGGCAGGAUGGGAAAUGAUAUGCAGACCUAAGGUUGGAGAUAAAAUAAAUGGCGGAGGAUUCAUUGGAGUUUGGAAGAAGAUGGACAUGACGGUUCGCACAGCGACACAACUUGGUGCCCUUGCUCUAUUUACAAUCAUCGUCUUGUGGUUCCUGGACAACCAAUAUCGAGUUCUUCCUUCUGCGAUUCAUGAUUAUAUGCCAGCGCAUCAUCCGGGACUGGUCAUUACGGAUAUCACUGUCACCAAAUGUUCCAAAAUAAACCUCUUUACAAGCUGCAAGCUCGAUUCGGAUAAAUGGCAUCGCAUAGAGAAGGAUUUAUAUCUGGGGCGGGGUUGGGUUAAUAGCGCUUAUAUGCAUGUGCAGAGAAAGAAAGAAGAAGAGCUUACGUCGGAAGAUAAGGUUGUUAUGGAUGUUAGUGUUGGGAGAUUGGAUCCAGCGACUGCUACGAAAGGCGAGAGCGACGAGAGAUGGGAAUCAAGACCUGCUGGAUUAUGGCUGAAACGAUCGGCGAAGCGCCACGCGAGCGACUCGAAUAAGGCGGUUAAUUCAGUGGACGUAUUAUUUGGUGCCGAUGCUGUAGAUCCAAGAGAUGGAUGGGAAAUGACUGGCACACCGUUGUUGCUGGAUUCUUCUGGGGAAGUACAGGAAGCCAGGCUCAGCAUAAGGAGGGGCAAACUCAUGACGCCAAUCAAACCAACGCCUCGAAUAAGGGACAAUGGAAAAUUUAAGAUCCUACAAGCGGCAGACUUACACUUGAGUACAGGGACUGGAGAAUGUAGAGAUGCAAUGCCUGAGGAUGGUGGGAAUUGCGAAGCUGAUCCUAGGACAUUAGAAUUUGUUGGAAGAAUACUUGAUGAAGAAAAGCCGGACAUGAUUAUUCUUAGUGGUGAUCAAAUCAAUGGAGAAACGGCACCGGAUGCACAGAGUGCCAUCUUUAAAUAUGCAGAGUUGUUCAUCAAACGCAAAAUCCCAUUUGCGACAAUAUUCGGUAAUCACGAUGAUGAAGGAUCUUUACCCCGAGCUCAACAAAUGGCACUAGUCGAGUCUCUUCCAUACUCGUUAUCUGAAGCUGGUCCAGAAGAACUCGAAGGAGUAGGAAACUACAUCGUUGAAGUUCUCGCACAAGGUGGCUCGAAGCAUUCUGCUUUGACAAUCUACCUACUGGAUACUCAUUCCUAUUCACCUGACGAGAGAUCAUUUAAAGGAUAUGAUUGGUUGAAAAAGAACCAGAUUGAUUGGUUCAAACAAACUGCCGAAGGGCUGAAAAGGGCCCAUGAAGGGUAUACUCAUAUUCAUAUGGAUCUUGCCUUUAUCCACAUCCCAUUGCCCGAGUAUAGAGAUGAUACUCUUUACAAAGUGGGCGAGUGGCGAGAAGGGGUUACCGCACCAGGGUUCAAUUCCGGGUUUCGGGAUGCUCUUGUAGAACAGGGUGUCGUAAUGGUUAGUUGUGGGCAUGACCAUGCAAAUGAAUACUGCUCUCUUUCUCUAAAGGAAGACAAAUCUCCAGCUCUCUGGAUGUGUUAUGGUGGUGGCGCGGGAUUUGGAGGCUAUGGCGGUUAUGGCGGAUAUCAUCGCCGACUCCGUCUUUUUGAAAUCGACAUGAAUGAAGCGAAGAUAGUGACCUACAAACGCCUCGAGUACGGAGAUGUAGAGAAGCGAAUCGAUGAACAGAUAUUAGUUGAGGGCGGAAAACCAAUAACUCCAUCUCCAUAA